AUGGGGGAAGAAAGAGAGACCAACGGGGAGGCCGACGGGGACGAACAGAGACUGCCAGAGACGCGGACGGCGCCAGAGACGCGGACCUCUGGCGGAGACGCGGACCUCUGGCGGAGACGCGGACCUCUGGCGGAGACGCGGACCUCUGGCGGAGACGCGGACCUCUGGCGGAGACGCGGACAGUGCCAGCGCCGGAGACGCGGACAGAGCCAGGGACGUGGACAGGCACGCGUGGGAGAGGGCAAACUCCAGCGCGUGGGAGAGGGCAAACUCCAGCGCGUGGGAGAGGGCAAACUCCAGCGCGUGGGAGAGGGCAAACUCCAGCGCGUGGGAGAGGGCAAACUCCAGCGCGUGGGAGAGGGCAAACUCCAGCGCGUGGGAGAGGGCAAACUCCAGCGCGUGGGAGAGGGCAAACUCCAGCGCGUGGGAGAGGGCAUACUCCAGCGCAUCUGGUCAGACACCUCAUUGUUCUCCGACAUACUCAACAACCUGGACAACCUGGAGUCUGGGUGUGACCUGGAUGACGAUGACCUCAUGCUGGACGAUGACCUCCCUGAGCAUGGCUCCUUGCACAGUGAUACUGAUGGGAUGUCCCAUCUGACCCACUGGAGAAGACAGCUCUGUUGGACUGCAGAGGAUCACCUCCACAAUGACAACCGUAGUGACGUUGGGUUCCAGCCGUAUGAUGGGUACCAGGGCACAGGCUUGGCAGGUCUUCACCAGGCUGUGGAGCUCGACGAGCUGACACUGAAACACAUGGCGGAGGACUGCUGCUUUGUCAAGACCCAGCUAGAACACCUGAAGCUACUGCUGCAGGUGGAGGGUGGUAGUGAGAUGGACAACACUCUGGAUACAUUGAGUCCAGAAUCCAGAGAGGACCCCGUUCAAGCUCGACAGGUGGAGGAGCUGUUGAAGGAGGUGCAGGAGCUGAGAGAGGAGUUGAGAAGUAAAGAUAGGAUCAUUGCUCAGCUCACCAAGCAUGUGGCUGUUCCUGUCGAGCCCACGAGAUGCCACUGCCAGCAGCACAGGGACGUGGAAAGAGUGACGGUGACCUACCAUGACAAGGCCACACAGACUCCACCGUGGAGGGGACAUGCUCCUCAAAUACUACAGCCUUCCAGGCCAUGGCCCAACAGCGUGCAGCAACCCCAGCCCCAGGAAAGACUAACAAGCUCAGCCCACACCGAGGCCCCCCGAGACUCCUCCAACCCUGGCUGUGGGGACUCAGCCAAAAUGAUCCCUGCCCCUAGCCUCCCGCAGUCCCCCGGCUCUCUGAAAAUAGCCUCCAUCACUAAGAGGCCACAGGAAGGCCCCACAACCAACUCCACCCAGACGUCCAUGGCAGGCUUCCCCAGGGUGGUGAGAGGAAUCCAGUGUAGGAGCAGUCUCAGGCCGGGCUUCACAGCUCCACAGUCCCGGCUGCCCCCACCUCCCUUCAGAGGUCUGCCCUGCUACAGCUCCGCGAACCAGGCCUCUGCCUCCUCCCAGGGCCCUGUACUGCCGGCCUGCCCCCGGACCAAAGCACCCAGACAGACUCCAGGCCUCAGAGAACCAGAGAUUGGCGGACUCAAGGCCAGAGGUCUAGUCCAUCCCAGCCUCUUACGACUUCCCAAGCCAAAGAGCCACUGACUGCUAUCUCUCAACUCUCAAACAUUGCCAUGUAGCAAGACCACUCAGCACCACCUUCUACCCAUUCAAACCCAAAAGAUCUGACUUCUUCUAAAGGCUUCCAGGCCUCACCUCAGCAAGGUUACAGUGUCUACCCUGUAAGAAAGGAAGACUUGUAGAUUAUAUCCGAAAUAACAAACUAGGUGGUUCAAGCCCUGAAUGCUGAUUAGCUGACAGCCGUGGUAUAUCAGACCGUAUAUGGGUAUGA